AUGUCCAAGCAAAAACAACUCACACUUGAAGAGUGUUGGUCUAAGGAUAAACAAAAAAAUAUUGACAAAAAUAAUCAAACGGAUGAUAUCUUAACUGAUAUUUGUCCAUGGUAUUUUUUUCAUGCAAGGCAAGGUUCAACUGAUAUCAAAAAUGGACUCUUCCGCAAUCAACGCACUGGCGAAAUUAUACUUCCUGGUAUAGACCGAAUACCAAAAGUGAAUUCAAUUUUAAUAAAAAUUUUAAUUAAUUUUUAUAUUAAGACUUUUUGGAUUUGCAUGACUGGGGAGCAAGUUAAAAUUUUUUCGAAAAUUGAGGAUAUGAAGAAAGAGGCGGAAGAUGAAGAAUUGGUCAAUGAGACAAUUAUUGACUCUGGUGCUUCAUCACCAAUACACAACUGGACCAACGACGAGACACCAGCAAGUCCGGCUCCAAGCCCUGAUGUACCAAUGUAUUAUAUUUGA